AUGGCUAUGUUUAAUGAGGCUUUGUAUGGCAAAAGAAGACGGCAAGAUAACACACUCAUAGAUCAUUGGAUCGAUGAGUGUUUAUUCAAAGAUUCAGAAGAAGAAGAUAUUACGGAGAUUUCGAAUGAGAAGACAUGUGUUCCUUCGGAUAGUAGACGCUCUCUCAAAUGUCUAUCCGUAUUUCCAACAAAAGGGUUGAUGCAACUGAAAAAUGAGGCUUGUCACCACUCCAAAAAUGCACCGCUGCGAUACGGAUUAUUCGAGGAUGAAUACUUGCAAAAACCAAAUCCAAAUGAUGUACAACGCCUGUUACAAACGGCGGAGGGUCAUGGCUUUCCUGGCAUGUUGGGUAGCAGUGACUACAUGCAUUGGCAAUGGAAAAAUUGUCCAAAGACAUGGAAAGAUCAUUCUCCAGUGUUCGAUGAUAUUCUAAAUGAUUGUGCUCCGGAGGUAAAUUAUACGAUUAAUGGUAAUAAUUAUACUAUGGAAUACUAUUUAGCAGAUGGUAUUUAUCCUGAAUGGGCCACAUUUGUCAAAUCAAUCUCAAAGCCACAAGGAGAGAAAUGCAAGUUAUUUGCACAAUACCAAGAAGAGCAAAGAAAAGAUGUGGAGCGAGCAUUCAGAGUGUUGCAAGCACACUUUGCAAUUAUACGUGGUCCAGCUCGCUUUUGGGAAAAGAAGAAGCUUGCCAACAUAAUGAGAGCUUGUAUUAUAUUGCAUAAUAUGAUUGUUGAGGAUAAAAGAGACACUUAUGCAGGAAAUUUUGCUCAAGGCUUAGAGUAUGACGAUGUCGAAAAUGGCUUAUCACAACCUCAGUUGGGAGAAGAAGAUUUUGCACUGUACCAUCAAUUUCUCCAAAGAAAUGCCCAACUUCGAAAUAGGUAG